GCGGAAGUGGAGACCGUGGGGCGGGCAGCUGAGACAGGACCAAGGGAAGUACCAGCCUCUCCAUGAAGUAAUCUCAAACUAUUCUUUGGAUGCCUGAUUUCUCUCAAUUUCUACUACCCUUAAAAGUCAAAAUGGGACUGAAAGUUGUGGAACCAUGAUUCUUGACAUCAAAGUUGGGUGUUUUUUGUAGGCAGUCAUUAUGAUUCCAGAUGAUUAAGGUAGAUAGGAAGGCCCUUCUGAGAGUUUAACAAAGCUCUCAACAACCUAUACCAUGGACAUAAAACUGGAGCUGCCUCAGGAUGACCUGCCUCUCAUGGCCAACACCAGCCACAUACUUGUGAAGCACUAUGUACUGGACUUAGAUGUGGAUUUCAAAAGUCAAAUCAUUGAGGGUACCUUAGUGCUUUUCUUUCAGCCUGGAAACAGAUACAGGAAAAAGAGUAGUUCCACUGAGGAAACCUGCCGAUCAGAGUCAAAUGAAGCCUGCAAAUUUAGGAUGCCAGAACCUUGCCAUGUACCUGUGACAAAUACAAGGACCUUCUCAUCUAAAAUGAGAUACAAUGAUUUUGCAAUCUGUGGUAAAGGUGAAAAAAAGACUCCUGGUAAAGAUGGUAACCAUGACAACGGGGGACAGGCUUCUGGGAUUUCUAGCUCAAAGUACUGCUGUGACACAGGGAUUCAUGGGAGUGAGGAUUUUUUGCUAGUGUUGGACUGCUGUGAUUUAUCUGUGUUAAAGGUUGAGGAGGUGGAUGUUGCUGCUGUGCCAGGUAUUGAAAAAUUUACAAGGUCUCCCAAGCUCAGUGUUGUUUCUGAGCUCAGGAAUCAGAUUGUACAUGAACUUGUGACUCUGCCUGCAGAUCGUUGGAGGGAGCAGUUAGACUAUUAUGCUUGCUGCAGCCAGGCUCCUGGCUGUGGGGAACUCCUGUUUGACACUGACAGUUGGAGCUUACAGAUCAGGAAGACAGGGGCUCAAACAGCUACUGACUUUCCUCACGCCAUAAGGAUAUGGUACAGAACCAAACCCCAGGGGAGAUCAGUUACAUGGACCUCAGACCAGAGUGGCAGACCAUGUGUUUAUACUAUGGGAUCUCCCAUAAACAACAGGGCCCUUUUCCCAUGCCAGGAGCCACCCGUUGCCAUGUCAACAUGGCAGGCCACAGUCCGAGCAGCUGCGUCUUUUGUUGUUUUAAUGAGUGGAGAAAAUUCUGCCAAGCCAACACAGCUUCGGGAAGGGAGCUUGAGCUGGCAUUACUAUGUAACCAUGCCAAUGCCAGCCUCCACCUUUACAAUUGCAGUGGGAUCCUGGACAGAAAUGAAGCCAGAGACCUGCUCAUCAAAUGAUCUGGCAGCAGAGAUAUCCUUCUCAACUUCCGAGGCUGACUUCAGGUACGCUGGCAUUUGUGGCCAUGUAGAAUACCCCUGCCGCUUCCAGAAUACUUCUGCCACCACCCAGGAGAUCAUUCCUCAUCGGGUCUUUGCCCCAGUGUGCCUCAAAGGUGCCUGCCAACAGACCCUCCUGCAGCUGCUCUCUCCGUGCCUCUCAGCAGCACACUCUGUCCUGGGAACACAUCCCUUCCCCAGGCUGGAUGUGCUCAUCGUUCCUGCCAACUUUCCAAGUCUGGGGAUGGCCAGCCCACACAUUGUCUUCCUGUCUCAGAGUACUUUGACUGGAGGGAGCCAUCUUUGUGGGAUCCGUCUCUGCCACGAAAUUGCGCAUGCCUGGUUUGGCCUAGCCAUCGGGGCCCGUGAUUGGACGGAAGAGUGGCUGAGUGAAGGGUUUGCCACUCACUUGGAAGAUGUAUUCUGGGCCAAAGCACAGAAGCUGGCCCCCCAUGAGGCCCAGGAACAGCAGGAGCUGCGGGCUUGCCUGCGCUGGCGUCGCCUGCAAGACGAGUUGCAGAACUCCCCAGAGGAGAUGCAGGUGUUGAGACCCAAUAAAGAGAAAACUGGCCAUAUGAGUGACUCAGGAUCAUCUGUCAUCAAACAUGGGCUCAACCCAGAGAAGGUCUUCAUGCAGGUUCAUUAUUUAAAGGGCUAUUUCCUUCUCCGAUUUCUUGCUGGAAGACUUGGAGAUAACACCUAUUUUUCAUUUUUAAGAAAAUUUGUUCACACAUGUCAUGGGCAGUUGAUUCUUUCCCAGGAUUUCCUUCAAAUGUUGUUGGAGAACAUCCCAGAAGAAAAAAGGCUUGAUCUGUCUGUCGAAAGCAUCUCCCGAGACUGGCUUGAGAGUUCUGGGCUACCACAGCCGCUGCAGACGGAGCUCCAGGCCGGGGCGGAGUGCAGGCUUGUGCGGCAAGUGGACGCAGAGGUGGCGAAAUGGAAUCAACUGAACCGGAGACCCCGAAAACGGAAAAGAAGGGGGACCGAAGAAGUGUUUGAAAAGCUUCUUCCAGACCAGCUGGUCUUGCUUCUGGAGCAUCUCUUGGAGCAGAAGACCCUGAACCCCAGAACUCUGCAAAGCCUCGAAAGGACAUACCACCUCCCCCAGCAGGAUGCCGAGGGCGCCGCCCUCUGGCUGGCCCUGCGGGAAGAGAGGAGCGGCAGCUGUGCGUGUGCCUGUGAGCAGCUCUCUUCCACGUUGUGAUCUGACGAAGCGCCCAGGCUGAGCAGCUGGUGUUGGCCCAGCCAUCAACUUCUCAGCAAACCAGAAGGCUGGUGACCACAGACAAGUUGCCACCCUCCCCGGACCCCCUUUGCCUUGCCUGCUCAUCUGCACGGGAAUACCUAAACUAGGCUAUUGGCAUCCUGGCUUUGUGACCACAGCCAAGUGGCAAACAGUGUUUCAUGAAAGUGUCUUUACUCCUAAAUUUUCUAUUAUCUGCUGUUUGUUACCUUUUCUCUUAAAAAUGUGCAUUGUGAUGUGGUAAAUUGAUUUUAAAAUACCCUAAGGGGCUGCAGUCCACAGUUUGAAAAAUGCCAUAAACCUCUUCUUUAAAAGGUACUUAACAAUAUGACUUUUGGGAAGCUGUCAGUGAGUGUCAGCAGUCUCAAUGUAGUUACUGUUGAGGAGUCCCCAUCUCUCAUUUGGUGUGAAAUGGACAAAUUUUUUUAGUUGAUCUUUGUCUUUUAAUCUGUCUGGACUGACAGGGAGAAAGAAAGAGAAGUAGUAUAAUCUACACAACUAUGAGGAGCUCCUAAGUGUCUGGUUAAAGAAUUUUUGAUCUGGGGGCUUCGUGGGUUUGUGGUGUGGACCAUGUUCUGACAUUUGGACUGGAUGGCUGUCUGUGGGAGUGGGGGGCUGUCUUGUGUGCCGUAGGAUAUUUAGCAUAUGUGGUAUUUUCCCAUGAGAUGCUAGUAGCAACCCACCCCUAGUUGUAGUGAUCAAAAACGUCUCCAGGUUGCCCGGUGUCCUGUGGGGCAAAGCCACUCCAGUUAAGAAUCAUGGCUCCAAAGCAGCAACUGAUUCACAAAAGGCAUUUUUUUCAUCUCCUCUAAUAGUGCCUGAGAGAUGGUUAUGACACACAGUGAAGUAGCUGGAAAGGUGGUUGACGGCAGUGAGAGGCCACCCUCGCCAGCUGUGCUCUCCCAGGACUCCAGAGAAUAUAACCUUGAGAGAGGUGAAAACACUCUUUCCGUGAAAGAAAAAAGAAAGAAUGGCAAAACAAAGUAGUAGGGGCAAGUACAUCUAGAGAAGCAGAUUAGUAAGUAAGGACAAACCUGUUCUACCGCUAGUACACAGACAGCCGUGCCAGCACCGACUGUUUUCCGCUCUGAAAAGGACACUUUCAAGGUUGAUUGCAAAUGGAAAAACAUUCAGCCUUGCAGGCCUUUUCCCACCUCAGUGCCUUUUCCCUGGCUGUGGCUGCAGAGCCCUCAGAAACCCUGUAAAGUGGCCACCCUUCCAUGGUGGGUUUUACACAUGCAGGGAGGGCAUGGAUUUCAGUGCAUUGUCUUUAAGGGAAUGCACUGUUUGCUUGAAAAGAAAACACUCUACAGCAUUUAUUUGAAGUCCAGAGGUGGAAGGUGUGAUUCCCAGAAUGUAGUGGCCUGACAGCGCUGCUGCUCAUUUCUGCAUUUCAUCUGGGCCAAAAGCAUGGUUCCUGUGAAUUGAGUGCAUUUCAUGAUUCACAGACAUCUGGAGUGAGUGGCAUAUUGAAAGGGCAGAGAAGAAAGGUUUAGCCAGGUUUCAUGUCUCUGAAUUCUGCAGUUGAUCAGCAACUACAAUUUUGUUCAUUCCUUUCAUGAUAAGCCUCCUUCUAUUAAGGGUGCUGGGGCCUGUUCCCUGCCACAGGGACCUCUGCUCCCCAUUCUCCCCAGUUCUUUUCAGUAGUAUCAGGCUACAAAGUAAACAUAAACAUUGUCUUUUUGUCUUUUUCACAGGAGAGUUUCAGAGGACAGGUGUUGUCUCAGGCUCUGUUGCCACUGCAGGAGGCUCACCGGUUUCUGCUCAGUAUAAUGCCUUGUACUGAACUCGUGCCUCCUUCCCUGCUCGAUGCAGAAUCUUAGGGCAUAGAGGCAGAAACUGUCCUUGGUGAUGUCAGCUUGGUCAUCUGAGCUUGUUGUGUGAAGGUAGCCUGUGGGGACCAGGGGACUGUUCGAGGACCCAGGGUGGGAAUACCCCUGCCACAUGUCAGCGCUGCCCCAGUGUCCAAGUCUCUUCCUCUUUCCUUCCCUCUGAGACCUCCCUGGUGUCACCUGGUGUUGUCAAGAGGUACCUCCCUGAGCCCAUGAGGCAGGUUUUCAGAUUGAAUAUAAAAGAGAGACCAUUGUGGAGGCUCAGAGUAGUCAGUCAGUGGCAAUUAGCGAAGUGGUUCUCCAGAGUAAGGCAGGUAUGAGGGCCCAGAUUGGGUAGGGCUUUCAGGAAGGCAGUUUUGACACCUGCCAUACCCAGCAUUGGGCCAUUUGUCACAACUUCUUCACAGGAUCAAGGAGUCUGUAGAGCUGUUGGGCUCCUUGACAUGGUCAGGCUCAGGUUGCAAAUCAAGCUGUCAAAUGCUGAUGAAUCUGAACUUCAGUAUGUGAGCUAUAAAUAGUGCGACUUUAUAUUCAUUUUUUUGAAAGCCAGCGCAGUACUUGUGAAGGCUGCCCCUUUGACACGGUAUUAUAAUUCCUUUGCUAGAGUUUGGAAGCAAUCCCAGGUAUGGGUUGAAAAAAGGGAUUAGGGUAUUUUCUUCAGUUGCUUUAGACAUAUCUGUCUUUUUAAACCAUAUGCCUUUAAUAAUGUGGGAAAAAACAGAGCUUUUAUAUACUGUAUUUUUUGCCAUGUAAAACAUGCACUUUUUUGCCCCAAUUUUUGAGGGAAAAAUUAAGGAUGCAUCUUAUGUGUGGGUACCUGAAAUACCUUGUAUCUGUUCUUGUGUUUUGUGAUUAUUCAUUACAUAAAAUUUCUCA